AGUGUAGAACCUCUCUGUCCCAUCGCCUUUCCCCCCGUAGCCCCUCUCUCACCAUCUCUCCCCCUAGUCCUGGUUUUCCCAGAGUUCAUUCUGGCUGGCACCACCAUUCCGGCCAAGGGGGAGGAGGACUUCCUCACUCUGGCCGCCUCCCGGCUCAGCCGCAGGAAACGUGUCAUCGGGGCAGGAGUGGGCGUGGCUAUGGUGCUGGUGCUGCUGGUUGCCAUCCCCUUAUUGGUUCACACCACCAAAGGGGGGGCGUCUGGAGGCGGGAGCACCCAUUAUGAGAUGCUCGGCAGCUGCAAGAUGGUGUGCGACUCUUUCACCCCCCCACAGGGCAGCCACGAGCUGACCGCUGUCUCCCCCCAACCCCCAGACUUCACAGGGAGAAGGGGCAAGUCUGGGUUUCGUGGGAGCCCUGGCCCCCCAGGCCCCAGAGGUCCCACAGGAGAACCAGGCAAGCCAGGCCCCCCUGGUCCCCCCGGCCCUGGCCCAGGGGGCUACAUCCCCUCCUUCUACAGCCCCAAGAUCGCCUUCUACGCUGGCCUCCGCAAACAGCAUGAAGGGAGUGAGGUGUUGAGAUUUGACGACGUAGUGACAAAUGUGGGGAACUACUAUGAACCCAGUACUGGCAAGUUCACCUGCCCCCUACCUGGCAUCUACUUCUUCACCUACCAUGUCCUGAUGAGAGGCGGAGAUGGGACCAGCAUGUGGGCCGACUUAAAAAAGAAUGGACAGGUGAGGGCCAGUGCCAUUGCCCAGGAUGCUGAUCUGAACUAUGACUAUGCCUCCAACAGUGUAAUCCUGCACCUGGAUGUGGGGGACGAGGUGUGCGUGCAGCUCGACGGGGGCAAAGUUCACGGAGGAAACACCAACAAAUACAGCACCUUCUCUGGCUUCCUCAUCUACCCUGACUGAAGGCAGCCACAUGUCACACACACACACACACAACUACACACACAUUCUCCCAGGUAAAAAAAUACAGAAACUUUUUCAGGAUCCUCAUCCAACCUGAUUCUCUCAACUACUCUCUUCUCUCUCUUUUUCCCCCUCUCUCUCACGCCAUUGCUAAAACACACAGUAUUUAGAGAAACAGAUGCAAUGGGAAAAGGAAAUGUAUAAUGUCUCUGUGUUUUUAAUGUCUAGAUAAUGGUCAUACCAUAACAUUCCAAACCAAGUGUAGUUACAAGGCAUAUAAUGUGCAUAUAGACCUUGUUUAUAUGCAUUCUUAUUUAAUACACACACCCAUUUGUUUGUCAUGUGUUUUGUCAUUCUCAUGAUAUCAUUGAAUCACAGAUAUGUAAAUAUAACUAACAUGUAAGUAUGGGGUGACAAACAAGAAUUAUGUCAAGAAAAAACUUGUUUAAAGAUCAUCUUGAUAUCGUGUGUAUUCUUAAAGUUACAUAUAUAUUCACUUCUGAUGCGCACACAUCUGUGGGUUUGAUCAUGUAUGUGAAAGUAUACCUACAUGACUCGCAUACAACUCUUUCACACACACACACAUUGAUUCAUUGAACUUCCCCUAUCUAGUGUUGCAUUGACAUGAGCUGACCAUUUCAGCCACCAGUGUGGAAUUUAGUAAAAUGGUCUCAGAUUGCAGACUGUAAAUGGAAGACUGCGAGGUUGGUUGCGGGGCUUCCCGCCUCCCUUCUUCGCUCCAAGAUGGAUUUCCAAUACGGCUGAAGACACCAAAUGAGAAAAGUCAUGAAUAUAUUGAUCGGAGCUGAUAAUACACCCAACACCACGAACAUCAUCCAGUGUGGUGUGUGUAAGAUAAGUAUCAUGUUGUUAGUUUUACCUACAUGGCCCCUGCCUACAGCUAAGGGGGGUGGGGAGGGGUGAUGGUAGUCCCCUCACACACAGGAUAUCAAUGAUGAGGCUUAUGGUAGACAGAUACAGUAUUUUUCCAGACCUUAUGGUGGAUGACAGAGCAUCAUCGUGUUCCACUAAUGAGCCCAUCCUUUGUUUAAACCCUCAAACCCUAUUCCUAUAUUCACAUUACAUUAAAUUGAUAACAGAGCAAUUUAAACUGGGUGUCGAACCCAGACAUAAUCAGAGAUGGAGCUUUAGAUCAUGGAGAGAUGAUGCUUUAGUUCAUGGAGAGAUUAUGCUUUAGUUCAUGGAGAGAUGAUGCUUUAGGUCAUGGAGAGAUGAUGCUUUAGGUCAUGGAGAGAUGAUGCUUUAGAUCAAGGAGAGAUGAUGCUUUAGAUCAUGGAGAGAUUAUGCUUUAGGUCAUGGAGAGAUGAUGCUUUAGUUCAUGGAGAGAUGAUGCUUUAGAUCAUGGAGAGAUGAUGCUUUAGAUCAUGGAGAGAUGAUGCUUUAGAUCAUGGAAAGAUGAUGCUUUAGGUCAUGGAGAGAUGAUGCUUUAGAUCAUGAAGAGAUGAUGCUUUAGAUCAUGGAAAGAUGAUGCUUUAGGUCAUGGAGAGAUGAUGCUUUAGAUCAUGGAGAAAUUAUGCUUUAGAUCAUGGAGAGAUUAUGCUUUAGAUCAUGGAGAGAUGAUGCUUUAGAUCAUGGAGAGAUGAUGCUUUAGGUCAUGGAGAGAUGAUGCUUUAGAUCAUGGAGAGAUUAUGCUUUAGAUCAUGGAGAAAUUAUGCUUUAGAUCAUGGAGAGAUGAUGCUUUAGAUCAUGGAGAGAUGAUGCUUUAGGUCAUGGAGAGAUUAUGCUUUAGAUCAUGGAGAGAUGAUGCUUUAGAUCAUGGAGAGAUGAUGCUUUAGAUCAUGGAGAGAUGAUGCUUUAGAUCAUGGAGAGAUGAUGCUUUAGAUCAUGGAGAGAUGAUGCUUUAGAUCAUGGAGAGAUGAUGCUUUAGAUCAUGGAGAGAUGAUGCUUUAGUUCAUGGCCAUUUGGUUAUUUGUAUAAUGAUGAGUCUUCUUUUCUUCUAAGGUAAAGCAGCCUGUUUGUUUACAGUGUGGAUACGGACAUUGAGGAUUCAUCUUGUACUCUGUACAGAACUAGUUUCACAUUUUAAAAUGUACGCUGCUACCGUAGAACUAGAAACGGACUGAGUGUCUUCAAUGGAAAUUUACAUCUUUGUGUGUUAUUGAAUGUACCAUACAUUACUAAUUGUGUAAAUGCAAUUCAAAUAUGCAGGUUCAGGUUGAUGCUGUCUGUCAAAUAUGUUAUGCAAACCCUUGACACAGUGGCAAUGAGACUAUAGUGUGUCACUUGUGUUAUCGAUCAAGAAUGGAUUUCAUGGACAUUUUAGAUUGGGGGCAUUAUUACCUUGUCAGGCCAUUAAAAAAAAAAAUAUCUUUACAUCAAUGUGAAUGCCCUGCCUAGACAAUACCAUGAAAAGCAGGUCCUUCUCCUGUAGUUCAUAGCAUCAUACAUGUACCUAAUGUAAGUAGUUGUACAUGUUACAGGACUUCAGAGGAGGCCUCUAUUGUAACAAGUUGUUGUAUUAGGAAAACCACUGAAUAAAUGCAGCUGCAGCAGGGAUGAUACUGCUACUCCAUGUGUGUGCAUUACUGUUGCAACACAGUAUGACCGGUGUGUGUGUCGUGUCUCAGGUCCAACUACAGGACAGAGUUUUGUGCUUGAUCUAAAGACAGAACACCAGUUAUUAUCAAACUGCAUCAGUCAGAUGAAAACAUUAUUCCUGCACUAUAUCUUAACUGACAGUAUUACAAUAACCACCUACCAUCUUAUUUAAACCAACAUAAUGUACUGAUUUGUUUGUCUGUACAUGACUUCUGUGUCAUGCUGCAUUCUACUGUGUUCUCUGGCACUAAAUAAUGUUAAAUAACUUACUGUUGAAAAGGAAACCUGGUCUUUGUUUAUAAACGGUAUGAAUUGAUUGUUGUCCUUGUACCUUGUGUGUAUAUCUUAUGUAUAAUAUUAUAAACAACAAUUUAA